CAAGUAUGCCACGAACUUAUCAAAGACACCGGCAUUGCAAUAUUCGACCUGGGGAUUCCUAUAUGUGGUCCGUGGUAGUUAUUCUUCUUCUAUGUUCUAGCAGUGGUAAGUUUUUGUGUUAACAAUUUAUAAACUGUAAUAUAAACAAAAAAUUCAAAAAGUUAACACAUGUGAAAAUUUCUCGGUUCAAAUUCUUACACGAAUGGAACAAAGAAGUUUCUAUAUAUAUACAAUAUAGUUUCCCCAUAAUACAUACAAAUUACUUAUAGUUUUGGUACUUUUCAUAUAUUAUAUUAUAUUAUAUUUAACAAAUAUAAAACAUUUUCCGUGUUGAUAUACUGUUAUAUCAACACGAGUGGAAAUUGGGAAAACGACUGAGAAAUUGUGUCGAAACACGACGCCCGAAGGGCGGAUUGUAUUCACACAAUUUUUUGUUUUCCCAAUUUCCACUCGUGUUGAUAUAACUGUAUAUCAGUACGGGAAAAAUGUUUUAUAUUUUUUUAUAUUAUAGCACGAAGAAAUAUAAAGAAAGAAAUUUUCCGUGUUGACAUUGAGUUAUAUCAACACGACCCUUAGCCAAUCAGCGUUCAAAAUUUACAAAUGCUAUAUUAUAAAAUAUUGUUAUACUAUCAAAAUUCUAUAAUAUAUCAUAGAAUUCGUUCUUUUUAACCCUGACGAUGGACGCUCAUUCCGAAAGCUUGCAUGGUUUUUAUUUUUUUACAUUAUAUUUAAAUAAAGUUUCUAAAACAAGGCUAGAAGAAACGUGUAAGAUUUUAAAGAUUUUUUAAAGAUUUCAUCUAUAGGUACCUAGCCACAUGACGACCGUGUUAGAUAUAUUUAUACAGUUAAUGUACACAGAUCUGUAGUUUUCGUGCAUUUCAUGCAUGCGGAUGAUUCUAGUCAAUCAUUGCAAUUGUGAUCAAUGACAAUGCCCAGUGAUUACCGCAUACUGUACCUUUAAAUUUGCAUUUUUCGAAUUAUUAUAAGUCGACAAAUACUGACCAAAUGUUUAUGCGCGUUCCUACCAAAUUCACUUUUUUGAAUGUCACAAAACAUCUGGCAUUUGCCUGGUUAUUUGUCAUUCAAUGAGGUAUUUAAAUUAAGUAUAUCUGUUUCUGUACGUGAACAAUUAAAUUGGUUGUAAGCGAUUAGGCAGUGAAAAAAUAUGCCACGUUGUCAUGUUGUGUAAGAAAUUACAAAAUAGAAAACGGUGAGCAUAUGGUUGGUAUUUCAGUAAAGAUUAUACAUAAACACUCUGUUGUUUUGUUUUAAAGCAAAUCAUGGAAGUUUCAUACCAAGGUUCUCAGUAUGUUUUAUUAAGACAUGUUUCUAAACUAUAAUCGAUGAUGUGCCUUGUUAGCCCAUUAAGCGGCUACAUUGCGCUCUAUUUUAUUAUUUUACUCUGUCUUUUGAUCCUCUUGCUGUGUAACAUAUAUAAAUGAAAUGCAAUACACUUGCGCAGGAACUGGACAAUUUGACAGAGCCAGAGGAAACUGAAACAAUAUAUCGACAUCUAACGUCAUUGCCUCAUGUGCUUGGCAUUCAAGGGUAGCGCUGGAAUUUUCUGUUUCGUUAACCGCGCCAGGAUCACCAGUAAAGCCUGUUUUCCACUAGGCGGAAUUUUGCGCGCGGAGCGGAAGUUUUCUUUGUCUUUUCUAAUUAGUUCCACCUGAGAAAUCACAAGACAAAGAAAAAUUCCGCUCCGCGCGCAAAAUUCCGCCUAGUGGAAAACAGGCUUAACAAUCAUUGUCGGUGUGCGUCACAUCCAGCGAAUAUGAAAUGAGAUAUUCACGUACCACGCAAAACACGCGUCCAAACGCGCGUCUCAACGUGUUAACACGACAUAAAUAAGUAACACAAAGUCGAGUUAGUCUGAUGAUUUUUAAAUAAAAUAACAUCACCAACUCAUUCUCGUCUUGUUUAGACAAUUUAACUCAUAUCUUGAAUUUCAAGAUGUUAAUCUUCGGAUUGUGUUUUGUCUUAUACUUUUUGAAAUUGUCGGCUGGUAUUAGUUUUUCACGAAGUGCCAGUUAGGGGAUACUUAAAAAUCAUAUUAUGAUUAUCGUUGAGAGACUUAAAAAGCUAUCGGUACACAUACGAAACAAUAUCACGAUAUCCAUGGACCAUAACCAUAAUUGCGGUAUAUCUUCGCUCACCGUUCUGCCUUCGAUACGAUAAUCGCGAGUACUCGGAAUAUCGCGAUAAUAUCGAAAUAUCGCCCAACUCUAUCACGAACUUGAUAUUAAAGAGUUCAGGAUUUCAGCGGUUCUGGAUUUUGACGAGCUUUUAAUUCGCGAGUUUUAUGAGAGGCGCUAUCUUGAAGUCGUAAAGGCAUUAGAAAAGUUGCCAGAAAACUCUAAUAAAAGUUUCUGCGCGUCUGACAAACAUAAUUUUAAGUUAUACGUGCCACCAUAGGAGACCUAUCAGUCAAAACUUUAGAUGAAUGGAUUUCAAAAUUUCAAGAUGUCGACAAUGUUAAUUUUAAGACGAAAGCAUCGUAGUGGUAACAUAGGGAUAUUUUUUUUACAUUUAAAUACUCUUAAUCUGUUAAGAUUUUUAAGAUAUAUGAUAAUUUGUAAAAAAAUAAUGCAUGCACUAUUUACCAUCAAAUGCCUAAUGAUUUUAACUCUUGUAAAUAGCCUAGAUUCUAAAGCAUAUUCAUGUACUAUUUUUUUAACUUAUUUCUAUCCAUUGUAAAGUAUACUCGUUAAUUCAGUUUUUUUGUAACUGCAAGAGAGUUCUAAUAAACUAUUAUUAUUAUUAUUAUUAUAGUAUAGAAUCAAGUAGUGAUAACGUAGCCGGAUAGUAGAGGACAUUCAGUGGUACACGCGUGGGGUGUAGCUUCCGUCUUCCCAUCAUACCCCGCGUUUUAAAUAAUUACUUAUUACUUUUACUAAAAAUUCUCAAGGCUCUGCCGAGGAGAGUGAGACGCAAGCUAAAACUCGAUACAAAAUUACUUCAGAUGCUAUGCACAGCACAACUACGCGUGUUUCGCGUGGUAUCUUAUUUCAUAUUCUUAUUUCAUAUUCGCCGGAUGUGACGCACGCUGAAAGUGGUGACACUGAUUGAUACUGGUGACCCUGGCAGUUUACAAAACGGAAAAUUGCGCGGCGCUGUUCCGUUAGGAGUCUGAGCUUUUUUCUUUCAUACAAUUACUUCCUUUAAUGGUUUUAUCGAUUUUCAAAAUCUUGGUGCAGAAAUAGAGAAUGUUUUCCCUCAUAUAUAUGAGUAAAGUAUCAUUGCAAACGAAUUGUGUUCGUUGCCAUUUGAUUAGCAUGCAAAGCAAGCAUUUUUUUACUUGUUAAACGCCUGCUUGGGGCAUGCAGGCACUUGACUUGAAUGCUUGACUUCAGUGCAUCACAAGUGCAUUGACUUCAAUGCUUUGUUAUCUUUGUUUCAUUCUAUAAACAGUGGGAGGUAGGAAUUUGAGGUAUCCGAAAAUUAAGGCUAAUAAUAACCCAAUUGGCUAGCAACGGAUGUAAACAUAUAACAUAGUCAUCCGAUUGCGUAAUUUUUUAAAAAGAAAAACUGGAUGAAACAGGUUUAGUGGCAAUUUUUUGGUGUAAAAAACUCUAUACAAUCUCCUCUAUUUAUGUGGGUUUUUAGUGAGCUAAAAUACUCUCGUAGAAAUCUAUACAAAAAACAUGUGUAUGAAUUUGCAUGGUAUAUACACUGUCUACACUGAGAAGUGCUAUAUGUCCUCAAAUGGGGAAAUAACGUGGCAUAUUAGGUGCAUAUAAAUUCAAGUGCUAGUCGUUAUUAUCGAUUCUGGCCGUGCAUUACACAUGCAUGCAUCCCUUUGAAAAAAAACUAAAGUAACAAAAUGUGCCUAUAAAAUGAAGAAACCUUAUCAGAUACAAACAAGUGCAUGUUUCCGGAGAAUUGUUACCCGGAUCAAAGCCAAAUUAAGGACUGGAUUGCAUGACGCUUAAUACCAUGGCCAUGUAUGUUUGUUGUAAUGCAACACUAUAUGGUGUAUUGAAUGUUUUACGCAACAGUUACUACACUCUAAAAACACUCUGGUUAAAUUUGGGUUAAUUCAACCAGUACGGGGUUAAAAAUCCACCUACACAACUCUGGUUAAAAAAAAUUAACCAUUUUCCUGGUUAAAAGUCCAAAAAAGUGUACCAAAUUUUUGUUGAAUUGAUAAUUUUUAACCAGGAAAUGGGAUAAAUUUAACCCGAAUGUGUUGGGUGGAUUAUUAACCCAAUUCCUGGUUGAAUUUAACCAGAGUGUUUUUAGAGUGUAUAGUAUAGCUUAAACACAGAUUUUAACCAGAAGUUUUGCUUUAUUCAAUUAUUGCUUUGCAGGCGUAACUCAAAUUUUUGAAGGCAGUGGAGGAGACAGCGGACCCACUAGACAAAGUAAGCAAGUUUAUCAUGAUCAUUAUAUGUUAUUUUGUGCCUUAUACAUGCAUGAGCAUGUAUACGGUCUUUACAGCUGAUUGUCCUUUUUCAACUCAAACCGCGGCAUGUUGUGCUUUUCAAUAUGCUAAUAACAAAUAGAAACUCACACUCACUCAAUGAGUGGACGUUAAAUCUGAGCUUUUCUUGAGUGUCAAUGCUGUUUUUGAGUAGCUGGAGGGUGAAUAUAGUCACACAGUAAGGUACGACACUAACCCUCCAGCUAUUCAAAAACAGCAUUGACACUCAAAAGAAGCUCAGAUUGAACCUCCACUCAUUGAGUGUGAGUGUGAGUGAGCUUUUAGAAUACGGGCGUUAGACUCAGGUCCGUCGAGAUUUUGUGGUUAGUGCAUGAGUUUUGACUUUCAGAGGGCAAUGUUAAUUGAAUUUAGCUGCGACAGCCUGUCUUGCCGUAUUUUAUACUUGAAAGUUUUUCUUUGUUCCCACAGAUCGAUCAUGAUGAUCUAAUGCCAUUUUAAACUUUGAAAUAACUAUAUCAACUAUUUAUUGUCUAUAAUAUCUAAUAAUUAUGUACUUUUGAUUCAAAUUUUACACAACCUUUCCCUUUUACAGUGAGAUUUGUAGAAUCAGCUAACGACGAACAAAUUAUAACAACAGAUGAGCGAACAUGCGUGAGGAAAGCAUUUAGUGGAAAUGGUUUCAGAUUGAGAGGAGAUUUUUAUUAUGAAAUGUUUGUAAGUACAAAAGCUUAAUAUUUAAUUGUUUCAGAAAACUAUACUUUGAAACGGUCAAAUUGAAUUCUCAGUAGCAAUGUGUAGCUAACUUGAGAUUGUUAAAUUCUAAUUUACCCAUUUUGGCUUGUGUCGCACUUGGAAUUAUCUUAAAAUCUUAACUGUAAAAACUUCUCAACUUUGUUCUUCAGGAAGCACAGUAAAUGUCUUCUAUAAAGUUUCCUGCUGCUCCCGGCUCCCCAUGAUGCGCAUGAUUGGAAAAAAACAUACAGAAAUUAUCAAAUGUUAGAUAGCAUAUGUGAUUGGCAAUGCAUGGACUGCAAUGAUUUUACUUCCAUUCAGACUAAAAAUAAUUUAGAAAGCCUUGUAACGCG